CUCUCUCUCUCUCUGUUGCAGGUCACCAGACCAGUGCUGAAUCAUGGGGUACUGGCAGAGCUGUUGCUCGAAUCCCGCGUGUCCGGGGUGGUGGCACUCACCGCUCUGGCCAGGGUGCCUUUGGCAACAUGUGUCGUGGUGGCCGCAUGUUCGCCCCGACCAAGACCUGGCGGCGCUGGCACCGCAGGGUGAACAUCAUGCAGAAGCGUUACGCCAUCUGCUCUGCUCUGGCUGCCUCUGCCCUGCCGGCUCUGGUCAUGUCUAAAGGCCACCGCAUUGAGGAGAUUCCAGAACUCCCUCUGGUUGUUGAGGACAAAGUUGAGGGCUACAAGAAGACCAAGGAAGCUGUUCUUCUCCUGAAGAAGCUUAAAGCUUGGAAUGACAUCAAAAAGGUUUACGCCUCCCAGCGCAUGCGGGCCGGGAAGGGCAAGAUGAGGAAUCGCCGCCGCAUCCAGCGCAGGGGACCCUGCAUCAUCUACAACGAGGACAACGGCAUCAUCAGGGCUUUCCGGAACAUCCCCGGAAUCACUCUGCUGAACGUGAACAAGCUGAACCUGCUGCGCCUCGCUCCCGGGGGCCACGUGGGGCGUUUCUGCAUCUGGACCGAGAGCGCGUUCCGCAAGCUGGACGAUCUGUACGGCACCUGGCGCAAGGCAGCCACGCUCAAGAGCGACUACAACCUGCCCAUGCACAAGAUGACCAAUACAGAUAUUGGAAGAAUCAUGAGAAGCCAGGAAAUCCAGAAGGCCCUGCGUGCUCCAAAGAAGAAGAUUCAGCGCAGGGUCCUGAAGAAGAACCCGCUGAAGAACCUGAGAAUCAUGAUCAAGCUGAACCCGUACGCCAAAACCAUGCGGCGCAACACCAUCCUGCGGCACGCGCAGAACCACAAACUCAAGGAAGAGAAGAAAGCCAAGGCCCUGGCCAAGCUGGCAGCUGCCAAGGCCCCAGCUGCACCCAAGGCAGAGCCCCCUGCCAAGAAGGCCAAGACANGGGAGGGAGCUCGGCGUGGUUGGCCCGAAGUUCUCUUUUCCAUGGGCACGGAAAGGGAUGGGAUGGGUCCCCAUCGCUAUCUAGCAGCGCUUUGUGGUUUCUUGAUGUAUUUAUCUAAAGCGAAACAGACCCCACGGGAGCGUUUGCGCCCAUCUAGAGAGGGAAGAACGGCUUGUAUGUAUUUCUUAUUUUAACCAAUUUUUUUUGCA